ACGAGACGUGGUUUUGGCUUAACUGCUUUGGGAAAAAGAAAGACGCGUAAAAAUGGCUCAACAUUCGCCUCUCUCCCCUACAGGCCUUAUGGGUUAAAACCCAAAACGACUUCUGUACCUUGGACCGACCAUGUGACGCUAUAUUUGGAGGCGGAUUGUCAGCUCGAGGACAAGACAACUUAUAAGGCUACUUCAUACAGUUAGAUGGUCAGAGGGUCAGACAUGCGUGUGGCAGUGAUCGGAGCUGGGGUCAGUGGCCUGUCCACAGCUCAAAGCAUCUAUGAGCAGUACCACUCCAUAGUCAGUCCACUGACCAUUGAGGUGUAUGCGGACUGCUUCACACCACUGACCACCAGCGAUGGGGCUGCAGGAUUCUGGCAGCCAUACCUCUACGACAAGGGCAAUGUCCAGGAGACUAAAUGGUGUAAGGAGACGUUUGACUACCUGUUGAGCUUCCUGAGCUCCCCGGACUCUAUCAAAAUGGGGAUUUUCCUCCAGUCUGGCUACAACCUUUGCAGUGAGCCUGCACCAGAUCCCUCUUUUAAAGAUAGUGUGCUGGGCUUCAGACAGCUUACUAAACGAGAGCUGGAGCUGUUUCCUGCAUACUGCUAUGGGUGGUUCAACACUGCUCUCAUGGUGGAGGGAAAAAGUUACUUGCCUUGGCUGAUGGACUGGUUACAGAAGCGAGGUGUGACAUUUUACCAGAGGAGGAUAGAGUCCUUCAAAGUGCUUGCGGAGAGUGGGGCAGACGUCAUCAUCAACUGCACCGGAGUGAGGUCAGGGGAUCUCCAGCCUGACCCUGACCUCACACCAGGCCGUGGGCAGAUACUUAAGGUGGAUGCUCCAUGGCUUAAGCAUUGGAUCCUCACCCACAAUUUCACUGCUGGAACCUACAAUUCACCGUACAUUAUACCAGGGAGUCGUUCAGUGGUUGUUGGUGGGUGUUUCCAGCUGGGGAACUGGAGUGAGCAGAACAACUCUGAGGACCACAAGGCGAUAUGGGAGGGGGCCUGCCAGCUGGAGCCCAGCCUCAAGCAUGCCAGGAUAGUGGAGGACUGGUCAGGGCUCAGGCCUGUUCGUAGUAAAGUCCGACUGGAGAGGGAGACCAUGCAGUCUGGACCAACCACAUUUGAGGUGAUCCACAACUAUGGCCAUGGAGGGUUCGGAUUGACCAUCCACCGAGGCUGUGCACAGGAGGCAGCUCGGCUCUUGGGGGAGAUAUUGGAGCAGAAGGGCUGGGAGCCCAGGUCUCGUUUGUGAACUAGUGGUUUAUUACCUAAACAGCAGUGGCAUCAGUAUCUCUCACAUGUCUGUAUGGGACCAUUUUAACAUCAGAACGGUUUGCGAAGGAACACGCAUAGGAAACUCCUGGGGCCUUCAGACAACAGUGAGGGUUAAUUUGUAUUUGCAAGAGAACAACUCAAAAUCAGAGUUCAGGUAGUGGAGUACCUGAUUAACCCAAAACCAGCUAACUUGGAAAACAAAGACUACCAGCCAGCCUUAAAAUGGUUUCAUUCCAGUCAUCGGGAUUGCUUUUAUUGAAUGACAAUUUCCUUUGUUGUGUAGUCAUAACUAUUAACUAAUCGGUUGAAAUCUAUUUUGAAAAGUUACAAUUUUAUAUUGUAGUUGAAGAGAUGCUAAUAUAUAACAUAUUGAACCAAUACAUUUUUUCCCAAAAGUGUGAUCUUACAAAUGUGACAUAAAAAUAGGAGUGCAAUAUCAAACAAAAAUGUUAAGAUAUCUUAUUAAUAAUGUUCUAUCAUGAGUUUUAAAACUUAUGAAGUUUGAAAAUGAAUGAAGAAAUAAAUACUUCCACAAUCCAA